AUGAAUAAAGCCUAUGCCCGGCUUAAUCAUCAGCUCAGUGUUGAAGAAUUAUUUUGGCAGCAAAAAUCUGGAAUUAAAUGGUUAGUGGAGGGUGAGCGUAACACCAAAUUUUUUCACAUGCUGGUUAAGAAGAAGAGAAUCAAAAGUCAUAUCUUCAAAAUACAAAAUCCGGAUGGGAGUUGGAUUGAAGAACCGGAUGCUGUUAAGUCUUCUGCAAUGGAAUUUGUUUCCUCUCUCAUGAAAAAGGAAACAUGUGACAUGUCCAGGUUUGAUACUUCGUUGAUUCCUGCUAUUAUUUAUGAGAAUGACAAUCUUAGUUUAUGUGCAGUGCCUUCAAUGGAGGAGCUGAAAGAGGCAGUUUUCAAUAUUGAUAAGGACAGUGUUGCUGGCCCUGAUGGAUUCACCUCUUAUUUCUAUCAACAAUCUAACCAUCUUGCAAAGGUGCUCCCUUCCAUGAUUACAGAUAAUCAGAGUGGCUUCGUAGGGGGGAGACUUAUCAGCGACAAUAUCCUUAUUGCCCAAGAGCUAAUUGGGAAGAUUGACCGAAAGUCAAGGGGUGGAAAUGUAGCUCUCAAGUUGGAUAUGAUGAAGGCUUAUGAUCAGCUUGAAUGGGAUUUCCUUUUCAGAAUGCUUCAACAGUUUGGAUUUAAUUCUCAGUGGAUUGGCAUCGUUCGUCGGUGCAUUGCUAAUUGUUGGUUUUCUUUACUGAUAAAUGGUGGUACUGUGGGUUUUUUCAAGUCUGAAAGAGGGCUACGACAAGGCGAUUCCAUCUCUCCGUUAUUAUUUAUACUGGCUGCGGAAUAUUUGUCUCGGGGGUUGAAUGCUUUGUUUGCCACUUAUCCUUCUCUGCAUUAUCUUUUUGACUGCUCUAUGCCAGUCAGUCACUUAGCUUUCGCAGAUGAUAUCAUUAUUUUCACUAAUGGUGCGAAAUCCUCAUUGCAGAAAAUUCUAUUGUUCUUGCAGGAAUAUGAGGUGAUUUCAGGACAGCGAAUUAACCAUUCAAAGAAUUGCUUCAUCACUCAUCGAAAUAUGGCAAACAGUCGCACCCAGAUCAUUUCUCAAGUUACUGGCUUCAUUCAUAAAUGCUUGUCUAUCACUUAUUUGGGGGUGCCUCUUUAUAAAGGGCCAAAAAAGGUCCUCAAACCUCCUAUUUGUGUGAUUGAAAGAAUUGACAGAUUGUUCAACAACUUUUUGUGGGGAGGUUCAGCAGGUACUAGAAAAAUCCAUUGGGCUUCGUGGCAUAAGAUCACUCUUCCAUCUAAUGAGGGAGGAUUAGACAUCAGAGGCCUAGGUGAUGUGUUAAAGGCCUUUAGCAUGAAACUUUGGUGGAGGAAUGAUGCGAAGCAUAGGGACCUUGGUAUGUAUCCUAACAGAGUGGUGUGGAGAGCAGUCCCACAUCUUCCAAAAAUAUUCUCUUGGCAUAAACCAUCAGCAGGUGAGUUUAAGUUGAAUGUUGAUGGUAGUUCCAAGCAUAAUCGUCAGAGUGCUGUGGGAGGAGGACAUCUUCGAGACCAUACAGGUACCAUGAUUUUUGGAUUUUCUGAAAAUUUUGGACCUUGUGAUUCAUUACAGGAAGAAUUAAUGGCACUCCAUAGGGGUUUACUUCUGUGCAUUAAGCAUAAUGUUUCUAGACUUUGGAUUGAAAUGGAUGCAAAAGUUGUGGUUCACAUGAUAAAUAAGGGCCAUCAGGGAUCCUCUAGGACUCGGUAUUUGCUUACUUCCAUCGGCAGAUCCUUGAGUAGUUUCUCGUUUCGGAUUUCUCACAUACAUAGAGAGGGGAACCAGGUAGCAGAACAUCUUGCAAAUCAGGGGCAUAAACACCGAAUUUUGCAGGUAUUUUCACAAGCAGAAGGUUAG